AUGGUUAAACAUGGGGCAGAACAAAUCGAGAACCUGAAACCCUCCAAGAAGGUCCUGGACUCGGAGCAGGAUGUCCUCUAUCAGGCAUAUGCUUCAAAGAGCCCAGAAUGGCAUCAGAAGAUAACUCGCACCCUUCUCCGCAAAGUGGAUUUCCAUUUAUUGCCAUUCCUCGUUUUGAUGUACCUGCUCAACUUUCUCGAUCGCAAUAACCUAUCUCAGGCACGUCUUGGAUCCCUUGAGAAAGACUUGGGUAUGAAAGGCACCGAUUACAAUUUGGCAACAAGUAUCCUGUUUGUCGGAUACUUGCUUAUGCAAUUACCGUCUAAUCUGCUACUCACUCGCAUUCGUCCAUCGCGAUUCCUGGGUGUUGCAAUGGCAAUUUGGGGUGUCAUUUCAGCUUGCCAGGCAGCUACCCAGUCAUUCGCCGGACUUGUGGUCUCUCGCUUCUUUCUUGGAUUCGUCGAGGCGCCAUUCUUCCCAGGUGCCGUGAUGCUGAUGUCGAGUUGGUACACUCGACAGGAAUUGAGUCACCGUAUUGCCUGGUUCUAUUCAGGAAGCUCUCUGGCUAACGCCUUUGGUGGUUUGAUUGGUGCAGGUGUUCUCGGGAACCUGGAUGGAGCGCAUGGCAUUGCCGGAUGGCGAUGGCUGUUCAUAAUCGAGGGAUGCAUUACGGUGGGAGUCUCUGUUCUAGCAGGGAUCUUCCUUCCUAAUUAUCCCGCAACAACUUCUUGGUUAGACGAUCAAGAACGUGCUUACGCUCAAUGGCGCCUCAUGAAUGAUGCCGGUGAAGCCGACGAUGCUUCUUCCAACAGCAUCAAGGAGGCCUUGGCUCUGGUCUUUGCCGAUAAGCGCAUCUACCUCUUUAUUCUGCUGCAGCACACUUCGCUGCUGUCCCAGAACUUCCAAUACUUCUUCCCAACCAUCGUCAAGACUCUGGGCUACGGCAACAUCGAGACCCUACUAAUUACCGCGCCUGUAUGGAUCGCCACUUUCAUCGUCUCGCUAAUUGUGACCUAUACAUCUGGCAAGACGAAUGAUCGCAGCCUGCACAUUAUUUGUCUGAUGCUUGUCAGUGUAGUAGGCGGUAUCAUUUGCACUGCAACUACUAACACUGGCGCCAAAUUCUUUGCUAUGUUCCUUAUGCCUAUGGGAGCUGUAUCCGCAUACCAAAUCAUCAUUGCCUGGGUUGCCAACUCUUUCCCCCGACCUUUGGUCAAACGUUCUGCUGCAAUUGCCAUUGCCAAUAUGCUGGGUAACACAGCUUCAAUCUACGGUAGUUACAUGUGGCCGUCUUCGUCCGGUCCUCGAUAUAUUCCUGGUGGCAGUGCGACUGCUGCAAUUGCGUUGUUGGUUGCCUUGAUAGCCCUGGUGAUCCGUCUUGUCCACAAGAAUAUGAACAAGCGACUUGAAGCUGCUGAGUCGAGUGGAGAUGUGCCUCCUGGUGAUAACCUUGAAAGCCGGGCUGUCGGGUUCCGCUACAUUUUGUGA